UGCCGGUACAACAGAAACAGAUACUACACAAUCGUCUUUACCCACAGGGACAACAAUUUCGUCAGUACCUUCAGAGACAACACAAUCGUCAUUACAAACAAAAACAACAAAAUCAUCAGUACCAACAGUACCAACAGAAACAACAGCGUCGGCAUCAUCAACAGAGACAACAGUGUCGGCAUCAUCAACAGAGACAACAGUGUCGGCAUCAUCAACAGAGACAACAGUGUCCUUACUGCCUAUAGAAACAACACUAUCGUCAUUGCCUGCAGAGACAACACUAUCGUCAUUGCCUUUAGAUACAACACAAUCAUCAGUACCAACGGAGACAACCCAAUCAUCAGUACAAACGGAGACAACACAAUCGUCAGUACAAACGGAGACAACACAAUCGUCAGUACAAACGGAGACAACACAAUCGUCAGUACAAAGGAGACAACACAAUCGUCAGUACAAACGGAGACAACACAAUCGUCAGUUCAAACGGAGACAACACAAUCGUCAGUUCAAACGGAGACAACACAAUCGUCUGUACAAACGGAGACAACACAAUCGUCAGUACCAACGGAGACAACACAAUCGUCAGUACCAACGGAGACAACACAAUCGUCAGUACAAACGGAGACAACACAAUCGUCAGUACAAACGGAGACAACACAAUCGUCAGUACAAACGGAGACAACACAAUCGUCAGUACAAACGGAGACAACACAAUCAUCUGUACCAACGGAGACAACACAAUCGUCAGUACAAACGGAGACAACACAAUCGUCAGUACAAACGGAGACAACACAAUCGUCAGUACAAACGGAGACAACACAAUCGUCAGUACAAACGGAGACAACACAAUCAUCUGUACCAACGGAGACAACACAAUCGUCAGUACCAACGGAGACAACACAAUCAUCAGUACCAACGGAGACAACACAAUCAUCAGUACAAACGGAGACAGCACAAUCAUCAGUACCAACGGAGAAAUCAUCAGUACAAACGGAGACAACACAAUCAUCAGUACAAACUGAGACAACACAAUCAUCAGUACAAACGGAGACAACACAAUCAUCAGUACAAACGGAGACAACACAAUCGUCAGUACAAACGGAGACAACACAAUCGUCAGUACAAACGGAGACAACACAAUCAUCAGUACCAACGGAGACAACACAGUCGUCAGUACCAACGGAGACAACACAAUCGUCUGUACAAACGGAGACAACACAAUCGUCAGUACCAACGGAGACAACACAAUCAUCAGUACAAACGGAGACAACACAAUCGUCAGUACAAACGGAGACAACACAAUCGUCAGUACCAACGGAGACAACACAAUCGUCUGUACCAACGGAGACAACACAAUCAUCAGUACCAACGGAGACAACACAAUCGUUUGUUCCAUCAGAAACAACAGUGUCGGCAUCAACAACAGAGACAAGGACGCCAUCAUUGGUGUUUGAAACAACACAAUCGCCAGUGGCAACAUAUACAACAGUGUGGUCAACAACUACAGAGACAACAGCGCCAUCCUUGAAUAUAGAAACAACAAAAUGGUCAGUACCUACAGAAACAACAGUAUUGUCAUCAACUUCAGAGACAACAGCGUCAUUACCGCCUUUUGACACAACACCAUCGGCAUUGGCUCUAGAGACAACACAAUCGUCAGUACCAACAGAAACAACACCAUCGUCAAAACCAACAGAAACAGCAGUGUCGAAAUCAACUACAGAGACAACAGCGUCAUCACCACUUAUAGAAACUAAACAAUCGUCAGUACCAACAGAAUCAACAGUUUCAUUACCAAUUACAGACACAACAGAGCUAUCAUUACCAACAGAAACAACACAAUCGUCAGUACCAACAGAAACAACACAACCGUCAGUACCAACAGAAACAACACAUACGUCAUUACCAACAGAGUCAACACAUACGUCAAAAACGACAGAGACAACACAAUUGUCAUUACCGACAGGAACAACACAAUCGUCAUUACCAACAGAAACAACACAAUCGUCAGUUCCAACAGAGACAACACAAACGUCAUUACCAACAGAGACAACACAAUUGUCAGUUCCAACAGAGACAACACAAUUGUCAUUACCGACAGGAACAACACAAUCGUCAUUACCAACAGAAACAACACAAUCGUCAUUACCAACAGAAACAACACAAUCGUCAGUUCCAACAGAGACAACACAAACGUCAUUACCAACAGAGACAACACAAUCGUCAGUUCCAACAGAGACAACACAAUUGUCAUUACCGACAAGAACAACACAAUCGUCAUUACCAACAGAAACAACACAAUCGUCAUUACCAACAGAAACAACACAAUCGUCAGUUCCAACAGAGACAACACAAACGUCAUUACCAACAGAGACAACACAAGCAUCAUUUCCAACAGAGACAACACAAGCCUCAGUACCAAAGGAAACAACACAAUCGUCCGUACCAACAGAAACAACACAAUCGUCAGUACCAACAGAGACAACACAAUCGUCAGUACCAACAGAGACAACACAAUCGUCAGUACCAACAGAAAAAACACAUUCGUCAUUAGCAACAGAAACAACACAAUCGUCAUUACCUACAGAGACAACACAAACGUCAUUACCAACAGAGACAACACAAUCGUCGGUACCAUCAGAGAUAACACAAACGACAGUAAAAACAGAGACAACACAAACAUCAGAACACACAGAGACAACACAAUCGUCAGUACCAACAGAGACAACAAAAUUGACGGUACCAUCAGACACUAUACAAACGUCAGUACCAACUGAAACAACACAAUCGUCGAUACAAACAGAAACAACACAAACGGUACCAACAGAGACACCAAUAUGGACUAUAUCUACAGAAACUACAACGUCCAAAAAAGGGGAUCUCCCCGAUGAGAAAAGUGACCCAGAUACUGUUUUCUUACUAAUAGUAAUUCCUAUAUUUGCUGUUAUGCUGAUUGUACUGAUGGUGUUUGUAUUAGUCCAUAUAUCCUACGGGAUGAGAAAUAGUGGAACAAAUAGUUCUAUAGAGAUGGGAAGUACCUGCUCACGAGCUGAUGACCCUGUCAUAAUUAAUGGUUCAUUUUGGACACCGAAUGAUGUAAUUUCAAUACGUUCUAAAUCGCUGCCUUUGCAUGAAACGAUUAAAGUUUGCAAUCUUUCAUCAUUUGGUCGUGAAUAGAAAGUAUCAGAAUCGGUGAUUUAAACCAAUAGUAAUAAACAGAGAGAACAAUAAAGUGCUGGUUUUGAUUCCCAAAUGUGAUUCUGAAGGAGCACAACUUUGCUGCGCUUUGAUGUCUCUGUUAUAAUGUGUCUUUAUCAUUUAUAAAAGGGAAAAACGAGGCAAAGCCAAUUCGAUUAACGAGUAUAGGAAUACAAGAUGUAUAGCAUCAGGGCAAAAAGUAGUCCGAAUCCUGAACAUUCGAUACUUGAACCAUAUUAUACAUAUGUCAGUUAAUAUGAUUAUUUUGAUAUACUAAAAUAUACAGCUUAUUUGUAACUACAAAAGGUGAAGUGUAUAUGUCGAAAAUAAGGCAACCAAACCAUAUCAACUUUUGAUAUUUUGGAUUUUGAAAAGACAGUUGACUAUGGAAUGCUGUAUGUCAGGAUAUUUUUACAUGAGACAAACAAUAAGUGAAUAAAUUAAACCAAAUAUUGCAAACACAUUGCAACAACACCAUUUUAUUCUCUAAAGGACUAUGUGGACAGCCGGUUGUUUCUGAAUGAAGAGUUUGUUUUUAAAUCACAGUCGCGUCAUAUAACAUGUAUAAAUUUUUUAAGAUGUAAGGUAUGAUGUAAGGUAAAAUGUCUAUAAAAAAGAUGAAUAAGGAUUAUUCCAAACUGUC